CCGACCGUUACUCCGUACAUUCCAGCUGGUGGUACCCCGACGCCGACGAAACCGCCUGUUGAGGAAAACCCACCGAUUGGAGUCGCUUGUUCGAAGGCGGAGAGCGCCGACUUGCCGUGAUUCAUUUGUCUUGGGAAAUCACCUCAGGGGAACAGGAGGGAGCUUUCUUUCCUCCUCUAUCCUUCCUGUCUUCUCAUUUUUCUCUUGCCUUUCUCUCUUUGCUCUGCUAAAUCCUCUCCUCAUGGCUGAUACCGAAGUGACUACACAAGGCUCUGUCGACAACGGCAGCCAAGUCAAGAAGACUGAAACUUCGGCUGGUGCAGUGUCGAUAUCCCCCGAGCCUGAAGCUGCAAACGCCACGCCGCCUGCCACUGAUGCAAUCCCUGUCGAGGUUCCUGUCGAGUACCCCACGGGCGCCAAACUGUUCCUGAUCAACCUGAGUUUGUGCCUUUCUGUCUUUUUGGCUGCUCUAGAUAACACUAUUAUCGCGACUGCUAUUCCAAAAAUUACCAAUGGGUUCUCCAGCCAAGCGGACAUUGGCUGGUAUGGAAGCGCGUAUCUUCUCACACAGGCUUCGGUGCAACUACUAUUUGGCAAGUUCUAUACUGUGGUCUCCAUCAAAUGGGUCUUCCUAGCCGCCAUCGGAAUCUUCGAGCUAGGUUCUCUCGUCUGUGCAGUGGCGCCGAACUCGACGGCCCUGAUCUGUGGCCGAGCGAUCGCGGGACUGGGCGCAGCAGGUAUCUCCAGUGGUGCUGUUAUUAUCAUCACAUACUCGAUACCAGCCCCCAAGCGCGCCAUGUAUACUGGCCUUAUCGGUGCCAUGUAUGGUAUCGCAUCGGUUGCUGGCCCGCUACUUGGCGGCGCAUUCACGGAUAAGGUGACAUGGCGGUGGUGCUUUUACAUCAACCUACCCCUGGGAGCGGUCGCCGUCGCGGUCAUCAUUCUCUUCUUCAAGCCCCCUCACAGGACAGAAACCUCCAAACUCAGCUUCAGAGACCGCAUCUCCGAGUUUGAUCUGCCGGGUACCGCGGUCUUUAUGCCUGCCGUGAUUUGCCUGCUCCUCGCCCUGCAAUGGGGCGGCACUGCACACCCCUGGUCCAACUGGAGAAUCAUCUUGCUCCUCGUCCUGUUCGGUGUUCUCUUCUGUGUCUGGCUGAGGACUCAGUUCUGGAAGGGCGAUACCGCCACCGUCCCUCCACGUCUCCUGAAGAACCGAUCCAUCGCCGCUGCCUCCUGGUACAUCUUCUCUCUGGGAUCCUACUUCCUUGUCCUGAUAUACUAUCUUCCGGUCUGGUUCCAGGCGGUCAAGGGCACGACCGCCGUCGAAUCUGGCAUUCGAAAUCUGCCGUUGAUUUUGGGACUAGUCAUCGUCUCCAUCAUUUCGGGAAUUGGUGUUACUGUCAUUGGAUACUACGCUCCAUUCAUGAUCGCGAGCUCCAUCGUGUCAUCCGUCGCCCUUGGCUUGAUGACAACAUUCACCCCUGACAACGGCUCAAACCAAUGGAUCGGAUACCAGGCCAUGGCUGGCAUCGGUGUUGGUCUCGGAGUCCAACAACCUCUCAUCGUUGUGCAGAGCGUCCUCCCCCUGUCCCAAGUCUCGAUCGGCACGUCCCUAAUGUACUUUCUCCAAUCUAUUGGAGGCGCCAUCUUCGUUUCCAUUGGCCAGAACGUUUUCGCCAACAAGCUUGCCACCGACCUGGCCAAGUACGUCCCCGAUUUAGACCCCACCAUCAUCCUGCAGUCCGGCGCGACGAGCCUCCAACAAUCGGUCCCCCCACAGCAGCUCCCACUAGUCCAGCUGGCCUACAACAAUGCCAUUACGCGCGCUUUCUUAGUUGCUACCGUGAUGGCUAGUCUAACCAUCAUUGGUGCCUUGGCAGUCCAGUGGAAGAGCGUCAAGGAAAAGGACAGUGACGGGAACAAGGAGGCCGUCGACAGCGAGAACAGGGAGACGGUUGAAAGCGAGAACAGAGAGGCCGCCGACGUCGCUGAGAAGAAAGAGACGGGCGACUCUGCCUCUUAGGGGCGAGCUCUACAUUUCUACUGUCUCCCCAGCCAUCGACCGAUAUGUACUGAGGGCUGAGUGUCUAGGUUGCAAUUCGGCUAUCCCCUCAAGAACUAGAUAAAUUCGGUCUUCGCGGUGGAUGCAAGCCUGGCGACAUGCCCUAUUCACUUCUCGCCGCCUCCCUUCUGUUUCAUGACCUUCUCGCUUUGCGAGGAAGUUUUUCCAAACUCUUAGAAACGCUGAGAUAUCUACCCGAUCGAACCAGAGAGAAGCCUGGCGCUGCCUUCCUUCCAUUCUAAUAACGGCUUGCAGUGCAGAGGCCAAUUAAUGAAGUUAAUUGAGUGUUA